AUGGCUGGUCCAGCGCGCAAGGGUAAGGGUCGCACCAACGGGCUCACCGAGGAGCAAAAGCAAGAGAUUCGCGAGGCGUUCGACUUGUUCGACACCGACGGAAGCGGAACGAUCGAUGCGAAGGAACUCAAGGUCGCCAUGCGCGCGCUUGGGUUUGAACCUAACAAGGACGAAAUCAAGAAGAUGAUUGCCGACAUCGACAAGGAUGGUAACGGCACAAUUGACUUCGAGGAAUUCCUUGCGAUGAUGACAGCAAAGAUGGGCGAACGCGAUAGUCGCGAAGAAAUCAUGAAGGCAUUCCGACUCUUCGAUGACGAUGAAACUGGCAAGAUCUCUUUUAAGAACUUGAAGCGCGUCGCGAAGGAGUUGGGUGAAAACAUGACCGACGAAGAACUCCAAGAGAUGAUUGACGAAGCCGACCGUGACGGUGACGGUGAAGUCAACGAGGAAGAAUUCUUCCGCAUCAUGAAGAAGACUUCCUUGUUCUAA